GCACAGCAUCGAUGAUGGGGGCGGGUCCAUCGGGCUUCUUGCUGUAGUUGAUCCUGGUCUGCUCGCUCACCAGUGUCCACAGCUUGUCCAGGUUGAUGGUAGGGCAGUGGGAGGUAUUCCUCUUCAGGUGGUAAUGUCUCAUGCCCACCUUACCAAAGUAUCCUGGAUGGCUGAGGACAAACACGAGGAAAGAAAAUGAAAUCGAAUGUUUCACACUAGAGCAACAAACACUAAUAUUUUAAAUAUUAAUGUUUAAUUGAAGUUCACUUUUGACAUUCAAAUUUAGUGGAAUACUAUAAACUACUGCCCCAAUUCUAAUGUGAUGGGUGCACCAGCAAGGUGUAUUAGAGUGUUUGUAACUGCCCAUGUGGAUGACUGGACUAUAGGGGAGGCCAGUCAGUGAGUAGGACCAGUCUUUAAUCUAAGAGGACUUUUUCAUAAGGAAACUUAUGAGUUUUCUGAUUUUAUUGUAUAUUGCUUGUGAUUUAGAUUUGUUAGGUGUAGUUCCUUUUACAUCUCCCCGCUCUGUGUUUCUCCGUUCCCUAACUCUCACUCUCUGCUCCUCGCUCUCGCCCUUUCUCUCCAUCUUCAGUGUUUUUGCACUUGUCUUCGUAGCCUUGUCUCUGUUCCCUCCCUGUGUUCAGUGUAUCUAGUCUGUUUCGUCUCAGUAUUCGUUUCUCCUGGCCUUUUGUGUUUGGUCCAUCUGUUUCCUGUUUUAUUUUGGUAGUCUUUGCCCUGUGUGCACUGUGUUCUGUUUUGCUUUCGAUGUCCUGUUAGUUUGUAAUUAGUUCUAGCUGUGCAUGUGUUUUAGUCCUCAGUCUCCCUCUGCUCAUUGUGGCUUCGUGUGGGUCCUUGUGUUCUGUGUUUCCCUUGUAACUUCCUGGCUGCUAAUUGCUAGUUGUCUGUUUCUAGCUUAUAGCUCCCAGGUUCUAGUUUCACAGUUUUUAAUUUUUGGGUGGAGUUUCGUCUUUCAGGAAAUAAAGCUGCCUCUUUUAGUUGAUCUCUUUGUUUCUGAGCCCUGUGUUUGGCUCCUACCUCUGCCUGCUAUACAGCCGAACCUUGACAGAAAUAAUUCUGGGUUUUCAGGUCAUGUCGCUCACUAAAAUGACCAUACAUGGUUGACAGAGGGCUGAGUGAGAUAGUUGCUGAGAUGGGGAUCAGACAUUAGGAAGGAGAAUGCUCGGGACGUACCAGUUUUUGAGGAACCUGAGCAGGGCUAAAAUAAUGAGAUCCAACGUCAAUUAUGGAUAAAAAGUGCUUAAGAGGGGUCUCACCUUCAAGAGGGCUUUAUUCUUUUCCUCUUAUAAGAGAUAACUUUGAUGGACUGCCUAAUCUUGAAGAAUCUGUCUCGAUUUCUUGAAGUGACUAUAACUAGGAACUAGCAAAUUUGGAUGCUAGGUUAUCUGACUCAUGCCAUAAACAUCUCGACAGUUCAUUAGGAGCCGCAUAGAUUCCACACAUGGGGCUUGAUGUAGUGGUCUCAGACAUAUGUCCUCCACAGAGGACAAAAGUGAAAUGCCAGGUCUUACAAGACUAUGAUAUUAUAAUAACUAUUUCAACAUAUAAUCAUCAUAUAUAACAGUACCCUGACACAUUAUGCAGAGAAUAUAAACCCUGAGUAAAAACACACACAGGCUUGGAUCACGUGCACACAGUUAAAGAUGACGUGUAGUCAUACAUGUCCACGUAGCUCUAUUGGGUUUCUGUGGCGACGCAACCGCAAACAGACACAGUUAAAGGUGAUUUACAUAAAGUCAGUCUGUUAUUCAAAGUUUGAGUGAAAUGUCCAGCGUGUAACUUGUCAUUGGCCAGAAUAACAGGUUGCAAAAUCAGCCUGUGAAGGAAGGUAAGACACACCUCUGCCAUGCCACCAGCUUUUUGCAGCCCUAGAGAUCAGCACCACUGAACAAGUAAGGACAUUUUUGUUAUUAAUCCCUAAUCUAUCUUGUGUAUAUAUAUUUAAUGUGUUUGUAGUUAUACUUUUUGUCUCUAUUUCAGAAACAAGGAAAUAAAGGUUAAUAUAAGAGAUAAAUAAUUCUGUAGAAGCGUGUCCCAAAGUUUUGUUCUGCUUUGAAGUAUUUCAAUUUGAUGCCACUUUACUCACACGAAACCAUGAUAAAGAUUUCAUUUGGCUUAAAAGGGGAAAAAUGUAUCAUGUCAAAGAGUCCAUCUCAAAUAUAUUUUUCUGGCCUUUGUAAAGAGCCUGGCCAUCAGAUUGAGGAAAAUCUUUACUAAAUUAAAAAAGUAUAUAGAAAAUGUUUUAUUAAAAUUAUCUUAACUUCCACCAACAGGAACAGUAAAAUAAGACAGUGAAUCAGUAAUUUGCAGUCUGAUAUAUGAAUUGAUAAAAGACACAAACUCCAAUGUUGGUGUUUCAAAAUUUAAAAGGUAUUUUUUAUAAUCCCACCCAACGUUUUUAGACUUUGGUUUGUACGUUAAAGAGGAAUUCCAUCAUUUUUAAAAAACAAAGCUGUUUUGUAAACAAAAUCUUUUUAUGUCAUUAAUAAAGUUUGAAAAUAAAGCAUAGGGGUUGUUUUGUGGCCAACCACUAAUAGAGCUACAGAUUUAUUAGCAACCACACACACUGUCACAUUGUUUUUGGCUUUACAAUAUACAAAUAUUUACAUGCAGAGCUUUUAUUUUUACACCCUCAAUAUAUCUUUUACCUACUGCACAAAAAGGCAUCACAUGAUUACUGGGAAACGCAUUAAAUAUUAAACACCUGUUUGCUGUUUCUAUUUGUGAGCUGUGCUGAAAUAUCAGGGGGCUGAGGCUGAAUCUUCACUCCACCAAUCAAAUCAUUUGAGUUCCCCUUGACACUGGACACAUGGAACAUUUCUAUUCCUCUCCUGCUCAGCUCACAUCCACCUGAGGACACAUUCACCUGACUUUCUGAAGCAGACAUCUUGUUUUUUCAUCACUUGCCUUCAAACUGAGGCCCAGUCUCCUGGAGAUGGCAGACUUGCCUCGCAGACGCUAUGGCAACUUCCCACAAAGGCGAGCCACCAUGUUACCAUGGGUAGCCAAGUGUAGGGUAAGGCUGGCACUGGAGGCCAUGCCAUCUGAGACUGGUCCAAAUCUGGCAACCACAGCAGAGGAACCAACCCCCCGGGCAGAACAUGUGAAUAUAGAUGUCAGCAUGACUGGAUUCUGUGAGGUGGAAAAGGAGUCAAACCAGUCUUAUGAGAGAAAAACAAAAGCAACAUCUCUGUCAUCUGAAAAAUGGGAAAGGCCUCCAGACAAAAGUGUGAAAGCUUUAUUGAGAAGAUUAAGGAUUCACCCAGAGGCCCAGAGGAUUCUGGGUAAUACCUGCAUACCUGUAGUGAGCCUGGAGCGUCUGAACUUCCAGUCUGUGUCUUUAUCAUCACUGCAGCCUGUGGUGUCUUUGCAACGUCUGCCUUGCCAAAAACAAGCUGAGCUCUGUGACAAUGUGUCAUUAAAUAUUUCUGAACAGAAUGGAUUCAGUCAAACUGAGGAAGAUAUACUGGAGCUAACUGAAGGAUCAUUCCAGCCUAAACCAGUAGAGCCAUGUGAUCUCAGUCCAACAUCCUGGACUGAACCAUAUUGUCCUGACAGCUCCCUUUCUGGAGAGCCAGAGCAGGACUCAGGCUUUGACUGUGACUCUAAUCCAGAUCAGCCUUACAUCCUGUUUGAUUGUGGAUCUGAUGAUGGGAAAGCUGAAUCUGAAGCAUUUUAUCUGGAUCCAGAUCCAGAGCAGACUCUGGUUAUUGAACUGGAUCCAGGAGAAGAAGAAGCAGAUCAGGACCAAUGCCUGCUCCCGGAGGAUGAAGUUGAAAGUACAUGUGUGGUUGAUAUAAUCGAAGUGGACGAUGGUGAAGAUCAAAGAAGUGAAAUUAGAUGCUUGGGAGAACAGGCCGACUCAUCCACCCAGCAGCCUGGAGCUGAGGCUGGGACUGAGGAGAGUGAAGAUUUCUGCGCUGUUUGUCUGAACGGAGGAGAGCUGCUCUGCUGUGACCGCUGCCCCAAAGUUUAUCACAUAGGCUGUCAUAUACCUCCUCUCAGCAGCUUCCCGCUAGGUGACUGGGUGUGUACUCUGUGUAGAAGUGAGCAGGAGCCCGUGGAGGCCUACGACUGUGAGAUCAUGCACUCCUGCGAGGGAGUCAAGGCACCUUAUACACUAUCCAACCUGGACCAGAGGAGAUGUGAGAAGUUGACUCUGCUGCUAUACUGUCAAAUCCUCAGCGCUCCUUUCCAUGAACCUGUCAGCCCUCUGGCUCGAAACUACUACCAGAUCAUCAAAAGGCCCAUUGACCUGUCAGUGAUCCGCAGGAAACUGGACAAGAGCAACACUCUCCACUACUUCACUGCUGAGCAGUUUAUUGAUGACGUCUUGUUGAUGUUCAAGAACUGCGCUACUUUCAAUUACCCAGACUCAGAGGUGGCUCAGGCUGGUCGAAACCUGGAGAUGUUUUUCUUGAGCAAACUGAAGGAGAUUAUUCCAGACCGGACAUUCCCAUCAGCCAACCAGGGCACAACAGACAGAGCUCGCCUUCAGUGGCUCCACAGGAAGAACAAGGAAAACUCCAGAAAGAAGAGAAAUGUUUUUAGCGGGAAAAAAUAUUGCCUAUAACUUGCAAUUUAUUCAUUUCCUUGCACUUCUCAAACAUGUUGAAAUUUAAGUCUUUAAAAACCGUGACAAUAACAUUAAUAACUUGUGUUUUUUAUAUUAAAAAUACAUGUCGUGGAACUGAAAACUUGUCACAUUUUUCAGGGAUGUUCAUGGAAUGAAACAGAGACAGAUGCUAUUUACAGUUUUUAAAUGAAAUCAGUCAAAUCAGAUCAGUUGCAUGAUUUAUCAUUUUCAUAUUAAAGUGCUCAUAUUAAAUAAUAAUAUCAGCUUAUGUAAAAGUUAUCCUGAUCGCUUCCUUAAAUACUCAGUUUCAGGCUGUUUGUUUUACUAUUGGCUCGGUAUAAUGUUGAUAAAAGGGAAUAUCCUUAAUAUAAUCUCAGGUACACAUCUCUGACAUCUCUGAUUGGCUGACCUCUGUUUAUGAGUGGUAGCCAACCAGAAGAACAUUAGCUUGAUAGAAGAACCAAGCUAAAUGGCUUAUUUGAGGAGCUGCUCAUAGGCCCAGCAUUACUCGUAAAGACUAAAAAUAAUAAUUGAGUUGUAAAUGAGCACAAUAGGUCUACUUUAACUCUGUUAUUGUAAAAUCACUGCUCAACACUGAUUUUAGGUGAUGCAAGUAUACUUUAUACAGUAGACAGAAGGCUUUCCACCUUUUCAUAAAAACUACUUCAUAAUGGUGCAUUGGCACAUGUGGCAUACAUCCCAGCAAUGUGGGUUUGAUGACAAAUAAAUAUCAUUAAAAUGGUUUUGGUUGAUUG